AUGGCUUACGUUUUAGCACUGAGAAAAGGCACGAGUAAAAGAACGAAGAAAAAAAUUUUGUUGAAGAAUGGAGAAGAAGGCCUUUUGGAUAGGUCAACGUUGGCAACACAGUGGCCGACCUUGCCAUGUCUGCCAUUUGCAGGAGUGCGGAAAACUGACAGGUCAAGGAACACAACUUCUCAAUCAACCUCUGAGUUGCAAACCUGGUUGGACUCUUUCCCUGGUAAAGUGAAAGAGAACGAGAAAAUGAUAUUUAAAAAGAUUGACGAGGCUUGGCAAAGGAAAGACAUAGAUGAAAUGUUUCAGCUGAUAAAGGAAAACGAAUUCAGCGAUGAAACCCAGAAGAAAGCUCUGCAUUAUUGGGACCAGGGACAUUACUACCAAGAAGGUGAAAAGCGAAACAAAGCGCUCACCCCGUUAGCUCGUUUCAGAAUCCGAGAGAGAUUUCUCCCACCGAAAAACAUCUGCCCGAACGGAAGGAAAAAAGCGACUUUACCCAGAGAAGCCACUGCUAAGCUUCGUGCUUGGCUAAAUGAAAACCCUCGUCCGUAUCCGACACGGGAAACCAAAGCUGCACUAGCAGAUAACACUGGCCUUACCAUCUUACAGGUCAAUACAUGGUUUGCUAAUACACGAAGGCGAAUGCGGGGAAAAAGAAAAACAGAGAGAAAACACGAAGUAAAGAGCAAGGAUUUGUGGAACAGGUCAAGGUGA